GGCGGUGGAUCCUUGCGGUCGUUUUAUAAUGGAAAAGAGGUCGAUAUGCGUAUGAGCCACGUUCGCGAAACUAUCCAUCACGUUCGGGGAAAUUGGCAUCUCUAUGCGGAUUUCCUGUCCCGCUUGCGCGACUUGUUCUUGCAGCUCAGUGAACAUGAAACCGUGUCUCCUAUCUUGGACGCUCUGCCCAGGUACAAGCAGUGGUCCGACAGACAACGGGACGGCGACCCAUUUGAAGACUAUGGUGUUUUGCAAUUAUACACCACAGCCGGAGGAUAUUCACAUAUCUUCAAGGUCGUCAAUGAAGCCUUACGUACUCACGAUGUCGAUAACGAGCGGUUGGUGUCCGCCGUGUUUCUCGUCGAGCUCUUGAAUAUCGAGCUCUUCAAUUACAUCAUCGAGCAGGGGAUGAGGGAUGUCGGGUUCACCGGGACUGUCCAUCGAGGUCUGUGCCUUUCCACAGAACAGCUCGACGCAUUCUAUGAGCUGGCACGCAUGCCGAUCAGGGAGAGAUUCUGGUCCAUUCCCUUGGCAAUCGUAUCCUGUAGUCUAGAUGAAAAGAUCGCCGUGCAGUUCGCCCUCCAGCAGGCAAACGCCCAUGGGACGGACCACAUGCAUCCGGUCUUGUGGCGGAUCUACGUCGCUAACCUAGACCGAGAACUGCUCCGUGUCUAUCAUCAACACUACCCUACGAGUGUGGUGACAACAAUGUGUGCAGUGCCGAUUCAGCGGUUUUCGGCGUACGCGGAGGAAGAGGUGGUAUUGCGCGGACCGUUCUUCCAGCUGGUGCACGUGUAUCGGCGGCCUAUGCCAGGAGGUGCCAUGAUUGACGUCGUCGAGGGAGUCAUCCUCAACACGAACAGGGAUCAUCCGAGCCAGAUGGAACUUGGUGCUGAUCAGGAUGGUGCAAGAAGACUGAUUGCGUGUAUGGUAGGGAUGGCGAGGGCAAAGGUGUGUCAGCAAGUGGCCGAAAGCUAUGGAUUGGAGGCCGAUGUUUCUGACUAU